CCGCCUGUUUGGGCAGGUGCUUCCUUUCCCCGGCGGCGCCUCCGUAGGGCGGCUGGGGGCUGCCUCGGACACCGCUGCCGGGCCUUGUGGCGGGGUCCGGACUGACCAUGUGGCGGCCGAGGUGGCGCCGUCAGCCGGCUUCCCCCGCCAGUGGCGCGGUGGUACGGCUCGGACUGGGACGACGGGCGGUCGCGGGAGCCGGGUCCCUGGCUUCCCCCGGCGCGCCGGGGGCUGCGUCCCGGAAGGGGCGCCCAGGCCAGUGGGCAGCGGGCCCAGCCCGGCGGCGAGCUGCGGCCGGCUCCGCGCACGUCACUUCCCGCGCCUCGCUUCCGGCCGGCUGCGAGCACUUCCGCGUGCGGGGGGCGCGUCGCGGGCCUGCUCGCGCCGAGGGGGCGGAGAGAGGCUGGCCGCCCCACGGUGAGGCGCUGCUCUACCGGCCCGCCCUCCGCCCGGGAUGCCCCUCCUCACGCCUCGGCCUCGCGCGGACCCGCUGCCCCCGGCGCCUGCCUUCUCCGGCCCGCGGCGCGCCCCCCGCCCCAAAGCCGUGCGCCCUUAAGCCCCGACGUGGGCGGGGGUGCAGCUGCCAGCGGCCCGACGGCGCGGGGACCUGCACCGGCCGGAUGUUAGAAAACGGAAUUAUGUAAUGGCUGACGUCCUGCCGAGCGCUAGUUCCAGCCGACUAUUAUUUUGUAAGUCGGGUUGAAAAUGCCCAGUGGGUCCCAGCGCUUUCCUCCAGCGGUCAGAUGGUUCGUGGGCCCCGUAGAUUAGCCAGAGCCCUGGCACUUUCCCAGCUGGCCCCGAGGCCCUCACCUUGAGGUCUGUCAGAGGCUGGACCCCAGCUUGGGCCAUGUCACGUGGUGCGGCACUCAAACUAGUAAAGAUGUCACAGGAUAAAAGUUGCUUUUUGCUGAAAGCCACUUGAAUCACAUGGGCCAAGAAUGAAGAAUGGGCUGUGGAAACACGAGUCAGAGUCUGGGAGGCCGCUGUGAUCCCAGCCAGGACGCUGAUUUUCAGCUCACACCCUGGCGCUUUGCCGGGCAGAGGCUUGUCGUCGGGGUCCCUGCUCCCCGCCUCUCCAUGCUGCUGUCGCCAAUGAGAUAAAAGUGCCUGCAGCGCCGUGUCAUGGCGUCCUCAGCUAACCCCCAAGCCCUGGCAGAGCUGGCACCCGGCCCCGAGGAGAAGCCCAGGGGGAAGCCAGCCCUCACCUGGGGUUCUCUCUUCGGCCCCCGAAGUGAGCAGAUUGUUUUCGCCAAGAGUGGCAGCAGCCCCGAGGAGCACACGCUCACCGUCACCAUCACGGAGACCACUGUCAUCGAGUCGGACCUGGGCGUGUGGAGCGCCCGCGGCCUGCUCUACCUCGCGCUGUGGUUCUUCUUCAGUUUCUGCACGCUCUUUCUCAACAAGUACAUCUUGUCUCUGCUCGAGGGGGAGCCCAGCAUGCUAGGGGCCGUGCAGAUGCUGUCAACUACGUUCAUUGGAUGUGUCAAAAUAUUCGUUCCUUGCUGUUUAUAUCAGCACAAAAGCCGGCUUUCCUACCCGCCCAACUUCACCAUGACCAUGCUGUUGGUGGGUCUGAUGAGGUUUGCAACAGUGGUUUUGGGGCUGGUCAGCCUGAAAAACGUGGCAGUUUCAUUUGCCGAGACAGUGAAGAGCUCUGCCCCCAUCUUCACUGUGAUCAUGUCCCGGAUGAUCCUGGGCGAGUACACAGGAGAACUGAUAGAUACAGUUGUAGGUCUGCUGGUUAACCUCUCCCUCAUCCCAGUCAUGGCAGGCCUGGCACUGUGCACAGCGACCGAGAUGAGCUUCAACAUCUUGGGGUUUUCGGCCGCGCUGUCCACCAACAUCAUGGACUGUCUGCAAAAUGUUUUUUCGAAAAAGCUCCUCAGCGGGGACAAAUACAGGUUCUCGGCUGCGGAGCUGCAGUUCUACACCAGUGCCGCUGCUGUGGUGAUGCUGGUUCCAGCCUGGGUCUUCUUGGACUUGCCGGUGAUAGGGAGGAGCGGGAAGAGCUUCAGGUACAGCCAGGAUGUCAUAUUGCUUCUGCUGGUGGACGGUGUGCUGUUCCAUCUGCAGAGCGUCACAGCAUACGCGCUCAUGGGGAAAAUCUCCCCAGUGACCUUCAGUCUGGCCCAGGUGAGCCUGGGAAGGACUUGACGUCACCUGAGCCCACUGUGAGCACCGUGCUACCCUGCUGCUCCAAAGUCCAGGAGCAGACCUGCGUGCGGUCCCAGUCACGCCGGCUCUGCGCUCUGCUCGGCCCUCACCUCGACCCCUACAGUGGGGCCCAGAGACCACUAGGAAUACUGGGACUCUGUUCUGAAGCCUGGGGUGCCACUUCUCUGCCACGCGCCCUUGUUUCUUUUUGGGCCAGGGACUGUUUCCACGUAUUCCCCAAACUUUGGUUCUCAGUAAUCAUUAAUGAUGGUUCAAAAAAGGAUAGGAAAUAGAUGUUUUUAUGGUUUUUUUCAUAUUAGAACAGCAAUACUUACUCAUGGGAAGUUUGGAAAAGGCAGGAAAGGCACAAAAUGAAGUUUAAGUUAGCCAUAAUCCCAACUCAAAAGGUAACACUGUCAAUGCCUGGGGUGUCUUCAUAUUAACUGUACAAGUCCCAGGGCUGGAGGCACAGGCCUCCAUAAGGGCUCACUUUUCUCCUGGGUGCCUGAACGGAACUGCAGGUAUGCCGGAAGUUCUCUCAUUGUUUAGAGAGUAAGCUGCAGCCUUCAGGGCUAAAAUGUCAUCACAUCUAUUAUUUACUUACAAGUAUUUCAGUAAAAAAAA